AUGACUCCGUUGCGCGACGACCCUCUGUCGUCUAAGGCAGACAUCGUUACGGAACCCUGCCAGUGGUCACCCAACGAACACAUCCAUCUUCCCGCUCCAGAAGAAGUAUUCAGUGCUCCUGUGCUUUCAAAGAAAGACGGAUCCGUCGUGGCGAAAGUCACAGAACUGCUGGUAGUCAAGUACGGGCGACGUGUUUUCCCCCGCGAGGUCGCCGCAAUCCGCUACGUUUCAGCACAUACGUCUAUUCCUGUCCCUCAGAUACGUGGCACGUAUAAAUACGACUCCCAGUUUUUCUUCUUUAUGGAUUUCAUGCCUGGUCGUUCCUUGGAUGAAGUUUGGCCCGAGAUGACUCCCGCUGCAAAGUCCAUUUUGGUCGAGCAGCUCCGGGACCACUACUCUCGUCUCAAAUCGCUGACUGGGACGUACAUUGGAGGCCUCGGCCGUACUCCUGCUUUCGACAUCGUAUUUGAGAACUUGAAGUCCGACGAUCGCGGUCCGUUCUCGAGCGUUACCGCCUUUCACGAUGCCCUCUACCGUGCUUUCAAAGUGUGCAUCGACAGAAAUAGUCCAGAUUAUCCGGCCUUCCUCGUCCGCGGUAUUCGUCGGAUGCUCAAAGAUAAUUACGCGGUGCAUUUCUGCCACGGAGACCUCAAGCCGCGCAACGUUGUGGUCUCGGAGAAAGGGGAUCUCGUAUCCGUUCUUUCGUGGGGCAGAGCGGGCUUUUGGCCGGCGUAUUGGGAGUGGUUGAAAGCCAAUGAUAGAGCAUGGGAGGAUGCACGGGGCUGGCCAUCUGUGCUGGACAGUGUCUUGGAACCCUUUGAUAGAGAAUACUGGAUAUACUUCAAGUGCUUUCAAGAGCCCUUCCCGUAG